AUGAAUACCGUCAUCAAAGUCAAUUCAUUUGUUUCAAUUCUUUUAUUGUUCUUCUUAUUCACAUUGUUCAAUGAAGUAACAGCUAUAGCUAUUGAAACAAGGAAUCUAAAUAAAACUAAUGAUUAUUGUGAUGGAUUUCAUUUCAAAUCUCCUAAAGCUGGUGAUAAAUUGCUUCUUGAUAACUAUUUUACAGUAGUUUGGAAAAAAGGAAACUCGAAGAUUGAUGAAGUAAAUGGCCUUGACUUAUAUAGUAAUAAAACUGGAAAAUUUGUUAAAACAUUAUGGAAAGGUAGUAAAAAAUUCGGUGCUGAUGGGAAGGCUUCGGUAGACGUAAAAGUUGAAGUCCCUAAGCACACUCAAUUACCCGCUGAUUUUAUGUUUAAAAGUUGGGCCUCAACUCAAAAAGGCCCGUCUUGUUUUAGAGUUAGUGGAAAUUUUACUAUCAUUGAUAUAAUAAUAUAA